UGAGGAGUGGAUGCAAUUUCGUGCCACUCGAUUGGACCCUUCGUGGCAGGCUAAAAGAAUAGCUGCCCAAGAACGACAGGCCAAGAAUGAUGCACCCCAUCUAUUGUCAAGAGGGGGAUAUGAAAGAAAAAAAAAGGAAAUGAAGAAGGCUAGGGCAGAGGCAGCAGGGGUUGAGUCUGCUGACCGUGUGGAGUCACCUCCCCGCCAUGAGAUGUGGAUAGCAGCCCGGACAAAAUCAGAUGGGCAAAUGACUUCUGAGUCUGCAAGGGUCGUUGCUGAUAAAAUAGUAAGUAAAAAUAUACAAACUAAGACUCUUCAUUUCAACUCAUUUAAUUCAUAAGUGUAGUUUAGGGUAUACUUAUUGUUAAUAUGUUGCAGGAGGGUUUAGUUGAGCAGACCACCCAGGGCUCAUUUGUUUCCCAUGGUCGGGAUGAUAUCCUCACAACGGCCAUAGGAAGGCCAAAGCACGCAGGCCGUGUGCGUGGUGUUGGUGGUUCUUG